GAGAAAACGGCGCGAGCGCGUGUGUUUUCUCAAGAAGCUCAGUGUAACUUAAAGAAAGCUCGCUGCCGGAGGACGUGUUUUACUAAAGAAUUUUGAAGACUUUUGAGCUGCGAUGCCUGCAAAAAAAGCCACAAAGAGACGAAAAGAAAAUGAGACUGAGGACGCGUCACUGAAAAAAGUGAAAGUCUUUCACAGGAGUCACAGUCAGGAGAAGGGCCUGGUCCUGGUUCUUGGACAGGGAGAUGUGGGUCAGCUCGGCCUGGGGGAAGAUGUGCUCGAGAGGAAGAAACCAGCAUUGGUGACUCUUCCAGAAGGAAUUGUGCAGGCUGUGGCAGGGGGCAUGCACACCGUGUGCCUCAGCGACACAGGCAAUAUCUACACAUUUGGCUGCAAUGAUGAAGGUGCUCUGGGCAGAGAUACCUCAGAGGAGGGCUCUGAAAUGGUGCCAGGAAAAGUGGAGUUGGUGGAGAAAGUUGUGCAGGUAUCUGCUGGUGACAGCCACACUGCUGCUCUCACAGAGGAUGGAGUAGUCUUCAUCUGGGGAUCGUUCAGGGAUAACAAUGGCAUCAUUGGGCUUCUUGAGCCAAUGAAAAAAUGUACCUUGCCUGUCAAAGUUCCUAUAGACACCCCAGUGGUAAAAAUAGUUUCAGGAAAUGAUCACCUAGUAAUGCUCACUGUGAAUGGAGCGCUCUACACUUCUGGCUGUGGAGAACAAGGCCAGCUGGGAAGAGUACCGGAGUGCUUUGCCAACCGUGGGGGCAGAAAGGGGUUAAUGAGGUUACUGGAGCCUCAGAUGGUCAUGGUGAAGCCGCGAGGGAAGGUCCAGUUCACUGAUGUCUUCUGUGGAGCAUACUUCACAUUUGCUAUAUCUAAAGAUGGUCAUGUUUAUGGCUUUGGUCUCUCCAACUAUCAUCAGCUGGGUACUGCAAGCACAAGCACAUGCUUUGUUCCUGUGAAGCUCACUGCCUUCAAAAAUUCCACAACCUCCUGGGUUGGUUUCUCUGGUGGUCAACACCACACUGUCUGCUUGGACUCUGAAGGUCAGGUAUACAGCCUUGGCCGUGCUGAGUAUGGGCGUCUGGGCCUGGGAGAGGGUGUGGCAGAAAAGAGUGAGCCCACAGGAGUCUCAGGAAUCACUAGAGCCUGUAUGGUAGCAUGUGGAGCAUCUGUGAGCUAUGCGGUUACUAAAGAAGGCUCUGCUUAUGCCUGGGGCAUGGGCACCAACAUGCAGCUGGGCACAGGAGAUGAAGAUGAUGCCUGGAGCCCAGUAGAGAUGGUGGGCAAGCAGCUGGAGAACAGGGUUGUUUUUUCUGUCUCCAGUGGAGGGCAGCACACUGUCUUACUGGUCAAAGACAAGCAAGAGAGCUGAUAUUAAACCCAAAUACUGAAAGCUGAGCUGUAUUACUGUUCUAAUGGUUAAAAACUAUAGCUUGAUCUGGGGUGGUGGGGGGGGAAUCAAAGGUUAAACUGUACUGUAUCUAGCUAGAUAGAUUAGGCUGGCUUAGAGAUGGUGGGUCUGAUUUAAACAUUUCUCCCACUUUGUGGAGAGCCCAAACAUUCACUGGAAGUGUUCCAGUAAACCAUGAUCAAAAGACUAUUUUUAAAACCGUUUUUUUUCCCUUUCUUUUCUUCUUCUUUUUAAAUUCUUUUUAAUAGGAAUCAGUAGUAAGCGUUGAGUAUUGCCAGCUGAGUGAACAUGUGUAUGUAAAGUUAUUAAUUGUUUAGAGAUUUUAGGAAUUGUCUCUACAAAGGGAUUUUAAAAGUUAAUAAUUUUGCCCAGAGCAAUAUGUAUGUGCAGUGGCUUCAGCUGCAAUGUAUUCUCUGCAGUUUUACAGGAAAAAGAACUUUAUUGCUGUUAUUUGCAGUAUUCAACUGUUUUCCUUGAAAUUACCAGUUGUUGAUUGAUUGCCCUGUGGGAAGUGUAAUAAAAAUUUAAGUUCUUACAAA